AUAUCACAAACUGGUUAGAGAAUCAGUAUGAUUACCAGAUAUAUCGACACCCACCAAAGAUUAAGGCCCAGGCUAGCUUUUCUAAAUGCCGAAUUCCUAAUAAAUUACAUCAAUAUGACCUACUCCCCCAUAUUCACGAUAACCAGAAAAGAGAAAAAAUAUAUUUACACACUUUGGUGUUGAUAGACGUGGCAACUAGAUAUAAAUGUGCAGUAGCAUUAACAUCAAAGACUAGCUCAGAGGUUUGGAACGUGAUCGAAAAAAUAUACAAUGAUCCCAAAAAUCCUCUCAAGUGGCCAGCAUUGUUGAUGGUUGAUGGUGCUGGUGAGUUUAAAGGAUCAUUUGCUAAAGGAAUGGAGCGAUAUAAUGUUUCUAUAAGAGUUGUUAAUCUUUAUAGCUUUGAGAGCUUAGCAUUAGUUAAAAAAUUCAAACAAGAUUUGGCUAGACUUAUAUACAAAAUUCAAUAUGCUAUAGAGGAAAAACUCAAAGAAGGCAUGUCACCAUCAUAUGCAGUGACAUUGGGAGAAGUAAUACCUAAAGUAUUUACUAAACCUAAAAGACUUAUUAGAAAGGAUGAACCACUAUUACAGAAGAGGCUCACAGUAAGAUAUCUAUUAAAACCCGGUGAGCUAGAAGGAGGGCAUAUGCAUAAAAAAACUGACACCCACUCUGUAAACACUCUCGGUAUCAAUGCUCCUAAUAAUGCUUCAAAUUCUGAUAUUACUGAAAAGGUAGAAAAGGUUCAUAUAUACCAGGAAAAAAAUAGUCGAUCUCCUUUACCUCCUAUCUACACAGAACCUAAAUCUCUGGAAGAUAAAAUGGUCAAUGAUUUUCUAGAUUCGAAAAGCCUUUCGAAUUCCAUAUCUAAUAAACAAAUUCUUGAAAAUAUGCUAGAUGGCGAUAAUUCAACACCGGGAGAUUCACGGCGACUCAUAUUUAGCAUUGAUGAAACUUCUUCGGCAAACAUUACGUCCGAAAUUUCAUAUGGGAUAGAAAUCGAAAGGAGAG